GCACAGCCUGCUUUUUGACGACUGCGCCUGCGCACUGGUUCAAAGUUUCGUACGGAGGCUGAAAGCUUCAAAACACGCGGUCGUCUCCCCGCGUUGAUGCAGCUGUCUGAAGUCAGCUGAUCGCCCCGCUGCUCGUCAAACUGUUGGGAGUCCGAGUCUCUGAUGCUUUAAUAUAAUGAGACGCUCCGACAAGAAGGACGAACCUUCAGUCUACCAGCGGGUCGUGUUGAAGAACGCCUCGCCCUACCACUACCUGAAGGUCUGCCUCGUGCUGGAGGAUGAGUCAACCAGACUGAGCGCAGUCGAACUGAAGCAGUUCAUCAUCACAGGUCUGAGGAGUCUGUAUGGAGAGGUGGGAGCAGCGCUGAACUUUGACCUGUUGAAGUACGAUGAAGACACCUUCACUGCUUUACUGCGUGUUUACAGCAGGGGUUUGGUGAAGCUGUGGAGCUCCCUCACUCUGCUGGGCUCCUACCAGAAUCAGACUUGUGCCUUCAGAGUGUUGCAGGUGUCUCCGUUCCUGCUCGCGCUGACAGGAAACAGUCGAGAGCUGCAGUUGGACUGAAGGAGUUGUUUUUGUUCAGGAUGAGUUUCAUGUGGAGCAGAAUCUUUAAUAAACCGCGGCCGUGCCGGUCUUUUCCUCCCUCCUGUCGACUGCUCCACAUCGGCCAGCGAGCCUCCCUCACCAAAGCGUUCUCCGCCCGCGACGUGGAG